AUGGGGUCGAUGGCACGGUGGGGACUGUCUCUAUGCGGGUUGGCAUCAAUUUUCGUUUUGGUCCAAUGCCAAGAACCGGGAUUCACCUACUUGACAGCCCAGGACUUUUUUAAUGCCCAGUUUGUGAAUACCAACACACCAAUGCGUAUGCGACCCCUGAACGAUAUUCGAUUAAGAUACCGGAGAGGCCUUUCAAAACGAGGGAUCGCCGUCUCACUCGAAAAAGACAAAUGGCCGAUGGGACGGGUCCCAUACGUCAUCUCCAGUUCAUAUACGAGCGCUCAAAAAGCGGUGUUGGCGCGGUCAUUUGCUGCAUAUCAGCAGAAGACGUGCAUCACGUUUGUCCCAAAGAGAUCCGCCGAUAAGGAUUAUGUCGUGAUUUCAAAGCUUGAUGGUUGUUACGCUGAUUUUGCGAGAGUGGGCGGUCGUCAACAGGUGUCGUUGGCUGAUGAAUGCGUGGAUUACGCUACCGUAAUUCAUGAGCUGAUGCAUGUUAUCGGAUUCAUCCACGAACAUCAGCGGGAAGACCGCGACCAAUAUGUUAAGAUUGUAUGGCAAAAUAUUAUCCCAGGAGCAAACGGCGAUUUCGAUAAGCUGACAAAUUUGGGACUUUCUUACUACAACGAAGGAUAUGAUUAUACAUCUAUUAUGCAUUACGAAAGCAAUGAAGGCAGUAAGAAUGGGAAGAAUACCAUUGAGGCAAAGCAACAACAAUUCACGAAUAUCAUGGGCAAAGCUACCGAUUUCUCCGUGUCGGACCUCCGACGAGUCAACCGAAUGUACGGAUGCUGGUCGAAACUCGGU